AUGCCUGAAACGGCGAAGUGGAAUAUUGGUCUUGUAAAUCACGCUUCACGCUACCUUACCGUGGAAACCUUUGGAUUCAAGCUAAACGCCGAUGGAACUUCACUUCGUAAAAAACAAAUGUGGGUUUUAGARCAAGAAAGCGACGAAGGAAUUUACUUCAAGUGUCAUCUAGGAAGAUAUCUAACGGCCGAUCCAAAGGGGAACCUGUGUUGUGAGGCAACUGAAAGAGAGCCGAAUGCUAAGUUUACAAUAGUUGCUCAAGACGGGAAAUGGGCCCUGAAAAGCGCGCACAACGCCUAUUUUGGUGCUACUGGCGAUCAGCUAAAAUGCGUCGCAAAAAUUGGUAAAGCUGAGCUCUGGACUGUGCAUCUUGCUAUGCACCCACAGAUCAAUCUAAAAAGCGUUCUGCGAAAACGCUACGCUCAUCUCGACGAAGGAAGCCAGGAUAUCAAAGUCUCUGAAAUAAUACCAUGGGGGGCUGACGCGAUGGUAACUUUGGAGUUUACCGAUGGGAAAUACGCGAUCGUAGCAAGCAACAAUAAAUAUCUAAGUGCCGGCGGUGAUUUAAAGAACGAACUUUCUGACGAUUGUAAAUUCUCGUUAGAAUUUCACCAGACGAACCUGGCGUUUAGGGAUCACCAGGGAAAAUAUUUGACCGCAGUUGGCACUGGAAGACUKCAAACCAAGAAAGAAACGGUCACUAAAGAUGAAUUAUUUGUGAUUGAGGAUAGUCACCCUCAGUGCUCAUUCAUCGGUUGCAAUGAUCGUCGAGUUUCAAUCAAGCAAAGCACAGAUGUGAAAGUCAACCAGGCCGACAUCUCCGACACUGAACUGUUCCAAGUAAUUUUCAAAAAAGGCAGUAACAAGGUGUCAUUCCUUAGCAGCAACGAGAAGUACUGGGUCGUAGAGAAAGGUGUUGUCAAGGCAACCGCAAGCGAAGUCACUGAAAGUGGAGAGUUUGAAUUGGAAUGGCACGAUACCCAAGUGGCCUUCAAAACGAGCUCCGGAAARUACUUGAUAUCCAAAGGCAACGCCCCUCUUUCUGAUGCAUCAGACGAAGUUAACGCCUCUGGGCUGUUCAUAAUGGAGCUUAUCAACCGACCACUCCUUGUUUUACGAGGGGAUUAUGGCUUCGUUGGCUGCAAAGGUACUUCAAAUAGGCUCGAGUGCAACCGUGCUAACUAUGAUGUUUUCCACAUGGAGGCAAAUCGUGGAUUCUACACGAUCAGUUCUUCCAAGGGAAAGUAUUGGCGCACAGAGGAUGACGGUAGUAUAUCCGUCUCUGGCGAUCAGGCCGGCGCUGACAAGUUCCAGAUCGAGUUACGCGGGCGCAAUGGGCUGUGCAUCAAGUCGCCGAACGGGUGUUAUCUCAAAGGGGAACAAAAUGGUACCUUCAACGCCAAAGGCUCUGAAGUCGGAAAGUACACUUUAUGGGAAUACUAGGAACUAACUCUACCUUAGUACAAUGACUAUUAAACGCUUCUAAAUUGUAGAAUKAACUAGAAGUGAUUGUAAAACCUUGUUCUAAUAAGAUCUUUAGAGACUUAAAGUGAAUGUUGCCUAUAGCAUAAAUAAGCAUUUUAAAUGUAAACAAUUGAACCAUUCUUUAGGAAACGGAUUGUUAAAAUUAUGAGCAUUUUUCUUGAAUGGUAGAUAAUUAAGACAAUGAACUAUUAAAAUUUUGGCGUUAAUGAUCUAUCGCAAAGAAAAAAUCACCAAGAAAUAGUUCAUAUUUUUUAAAAUAUGUUCAGGAAAAGCUCUCGUGCUAAAAGUUUUSCAUCUUUUAUUUUUGCAACUGCAAAUUUUUAUUUUCAAAUAUCAAUAUUUUAAUUUUGUCAAAAAGUUUAAAUGUUAAGCAAUUUGCUAGCUUAUAUGAGAGAAACGACUCCUGUGUCUGAAGCAGGAGUAAUAUAUGAAUUKAUGAGGAAGUUGGAUGACGGUAGUUGGAUAUUAGUACAGUUUUGACAAAUAUUAUUAAAUAAUUAAGUCAAGUAAGAAUUAUCAAGCAAUUAUGCAUUCAUUAUUAUUGUGUUAGAGUGUAAAAAUUAAUAUUUUAUAGUGUGUCAUUGUAACAAUAAAACUUUAAAACGAGAAA